AUGAUACCUGCCGAUGCACCACCACCCGCAAGUAUUGGGCGAGUGAAUAAUUACGGUGGAGGUCCGAUGAUUCCUCGACGAGAACGCCGUCAGUCCAGCAGCAUGUUCAACAUCUCCCAAAACAGAGAGCUGCAAAAACUACCAUCCAUAAAAGAUGCCGAGGGAAGCGAGAAAGAGACUCUGUUCAUCCAGAAGUUACGACAGUGUUGUGUCGUUUUUGACUUUGCCAACGAUGCUCUCAGCGAUUUGAAAUUCAAAGAAGUCAAGCGAGCUGCAUUGAACGAACUCGUCGACUACGUUUCCGCUGCUUCCAAAGGCACCCUUUCCGAUGCCGUUUACCCGGAGGCCAUCAACAUGUUUUCUACGAAUCUGUUCCGUCCUUUGAGUCCUCCAACAAAUCCGAUUGGCGCUGAAUUUGACCCAGAUGAGGAUGAGCCAACUUUAGAAGCCGCGUGGCCACAUCUUCAGUUGGUCUACGAGUUCUUCCUGCGAUUCCUCGAGUGCCCAGACUUUCAAUCACAAGUAGCUAAGAGAUACAUCGAUCAGAACUUCAUUCUCCGUCUUCUCAUGAUCAUGGACAGUGAGGAUCCACGAGAACGCGACUUCCUUAAAACAACGCUACACAGAAUAUACGGAAAAUUCCUUGGACAUCGUGCAUAUAUUCGGAAACAAAUCAACAACAUUUUCUACUCAUUCAUCUACGAAACUGAACGACAUAACGGGAUCGCCGAGUUACUCGAAAUCCUUGGAAGUAUUAUUAAUGGAUUUGCCCUUCCUCUUAAAGAAGAACACAAGACAUUCUUACUGCGAGUUCUCCUACCAUUGCAUAAAGUCAAAUCACUCUCGGUCUAUCAUCCUCAACUCGCCUACUGCGUCGUACAAUUCAUCGAGAAAGAUUCUUCUCUGACUGAACCUGUAAUCAAUGGAAUGCUCAGAUUUUGGCCGAAACAGCACAGUCCAAAAGAGGUCAUGUUUUUGAAUGAGUUGGAAGAAGUUCUCGAUGUGAUUGAACCUGUUGAAUUCCAAAAGAUUAUGAUUCCACUGUUCACCCAAAUUGCUCGAUGUGUGAGUAGUCCUCACUUCCAAGUUGCCGAACGGGCGUUAUACUAUUGGAACAAUGAAUAUGUGAUGUCUCUGGUUGCUGAUAAUGCGCGUGCUAUUAUCCCCAUCAUGUUUCCAGUUCUGUUCAAAAACAGCAAGUCACACUGGAACAAGACCAUCCACGGACUCAUCUACAACGCUCUAAAAAUGUUCAUGGAAAUGAACCAGAAAUUGUUCGACGAAUGUUCGCAGGCUUAUCAAAAGGAGAGAACCAAUGAAAAAACACAAAAUGAAGAAAAAGAGAAAAUGUGGGAUAACAUUGAAAAGAGAGCGAUGGGAAAUCCACAGUACAUGGAAGUCAAGGCCCUGUUCGCUCGCUUCAACCCAGAUGAUAUUAUCUGUACCCGACAGAAUGGAACAGAUGAAGCAACAAAAUCAUCAACCGAGCUUAGUAAAGAAGAAAUAUUGAACAAUGCUGUGGGAGUGAGUUCGUUGAAAGAAGAUCGCGACUUCGGGCCGAAUCAUAAACAGUCUGAUUUUCCUCCAGACGAGCAAACGACGAGAGCUCUCGGCGAGUACAAGCGUCACGAUCAGUUCCUGAAAAAAGUGACGAGCUCCGACGAACAGUGA